AAGAAACAUGGCUACGGUUCCGUUUGAAGCUCUCGACCAGAAUGACCCAAUCGUCAGAAAAAUGGAAAGUCAACAUCUUUGGUUCCAGAAAUUCAUAAAAUCCAUCCCGGAUGGCUACGUCAUGCCUGCAUACUACUCGGAGUUUCAGAAGACCAACACGUUCAAACCUCGAGAGGAUGACAUCUGGAUCGUCACAUUUCCCCGAUCAGGAACAACAUGGACUCAAGAAUUGACCUGGUGUAUAGUCAAUAUUGAUAAGAUAGAAGAUGCACGCAAGUUGCCCCUCUGGUUCAGAACUCCAUUCUACGAGUGGGACUGCCUGGUACCUCCAGAUGGACUUCCAGAUCUGUCGCAGCUGGUCAUUCCAUUCGACACCAUCGAGGAGGCAGACAAGCACUUCCAGAAACCCGGGAACAUGAUUAUCUACGUGUCGAGGAACCCGAAGGACUCCUGGAUCUCCUACUACUCUUUGUUUCAUACUUUCGACAGUUUCACGGGGACGCUCGAUGAUUUCAUCGAGCAGAGCAUUCACGGAAUCAGCGUGUGGGGUCCGCAUUGGAAACAUGUUCGAGAACACUGGGAAAUGAGGAAUGAGCCGAAUGUCUGCUUCCUCACUUUCGAAUCCCUGAAAAAG